ACCACCUUCGCCCACCACUCCAAAUGUGGGCUCUUGUCUCAGCUUCCUCUCUCCGGCCUCAAACCUCGCCUCGCCCCUGCCUUGUCUGGGGUUGAACUUGUCACCCUCACGUUCUCUGCCUCCCCGCGUCCUCACCGUGGAAUGUUCCUGCGCUGGGUUCUCCCUCGAGGCGCAGGGUCAGCUCCUCACAGCUCGCCUAACCCCUCGGUUCCCAUGGAGUGGGGCUGUCGGUGCUCACGGCAGCCCACGCUCCCUGCACUGACACCCCACGUCUGCACCCCCUUCCCAAGGGAUAUCCCUGUGGCUGCCGCUGCCGGGGAAAUCCUCUCUUGAGACCCCACCACCUCAGUCAAAAGUGACAAGAAACACCCAGCACGGUCCCUGGGGCUCUCACUACAAGUUCUGGAAGCCCCAGAUGGAUGCCAGGUGUGGGCUCUGCAGAUGCUAAGGAGCCGCUGCAGCGAGGCCAUGUGGGGCGUAGGAUGCUUUCGCUUUUGCAGACAUUUGCUCCUGUCCUUCGAGAGAAGAACUCGGAGCUCCCAGCCUGUCACAGGAAGCUGCCUGGGGGGCAGCCGGCCAUGGCUAACUACACCGACGACGAUGAUGAUUAUGACGUCAUCAUCUACGACCCUCUGCCUGACAAUGAGACGCUCGGAAAGGACGGCGCCCAGCAAUGCCCCCCGUACGACCCCGCCGUCCUCUCGGCCCAGCUGCUGCCCCAGCUCUACACCACCGUGUUCCUGCUGGGCCUCCUGGACAUCAUCUUGAUGAUGUGCAUCCUGGUCAAAUGCCACAGACUCCGCCAGGUGGAACACACCUACUUCCUGAACUUGGCCGUGUCUAAUCUGUGCUUCUUGCUCACCUUGCCGAUCCAGGCUCACGCUGCCUCCUACGGGGGGCCCCUGGGCCAUCCCAUGUGCACAGUUCUCGUGGCACUGUCCUCCGUGGGCCUGCACAGCGAGGCGUUGUUCAACGCCCUCCUGACCCUGCAGAGCUACCUGGUGUGCUCCCGCGCAAGACGCUUGUCCCCAGCGGCCAGGAGGGGGGCCUGUGGCGCCCUCGCCAGUGGCCUGGCCUGGCUGGCGGCCGCUCUGCUGGCGCUGCCCGAGGUCCUGUUGUGCGCGGCUCCGGGGGACAGCCGGGGGUCCAGGUGCCCCUGCAGCGGGCCUCACUUCCUGCCGGGCCAGGGGACGGCCUGGGAGCCCAUUCUGACCUUGAAGGUGAACCUGGCGGGCCUUCUGGUCCCACUGCUGGUUUUCAUCGUUUGCCUUGUGCGUCUGGGAAAAACAUUAAGGAAGUCUGACCUUUUCCGGCUGGUUUUCGUCAUCAUGGUUGUUUUCCUGCUGAUGUGGGGACCCUACAAUGUGGCGCUGUUCCUGUCUACGUUCAAGGACUCCUUCUCCCUGCGGGACUGCGGGAGCCGCUACCACCUGGACAGGAGCGUCCAGGUGACGGGCAUCAUCGCCAGCACCCACUGCUGCGUGAACCCGCUCCUCUACGUGCUCCUCGACAAGGCGUUUCAGAGGCGCCUCUGCCCUUGCUGCUGUCCACUUCCGCCCACCGAGGACCCUGCACAGGAUACGCCCUGGGAAGAGUGUGACCACUCCACUCAACUGUAAACCGGCUUCCAUCAAGCUGGACAAAUAAACAUCGCUUUUGUUUCCUGGA